AGGUCUACUUGUGUAACUUCCGGGACUCUGACACCGGUCCGUUGUGAAAACAGCUGCCGUUCUAGUGUAAAGAACUGGGCCGAUUCGGUCCGUCCCGCACCUGAGCCGCUUGUGAUGAUCCUCAGAACGCGUUAACGGAGACCGGAAGACCCGCGGGGCUCGAGGAAGGUAACGGGAGGCGGGAACUGACCCGGGUUGUCCCGGUUUACCAAAACUGCUAGCUAACGCUAGCCGUUACUAAAAACUGUUGAAACCCGCAAACCACGCACGGCCCGCCCCUUGAUUCGGAUCAGGAGAGGUUUGAUAGAACUCGCUUUUGGACGGUCUCGCGAGACCAAGUUUUAUUUCCGACAGGUGAAAACACCUGGUCCAGUAAACCAGCAGGAGCCGGGACAGGCCGGCCUGAGGAGCCAGAGGAGGGGGGCUUAGGUGGGUCAGGCAGUUCUGGGUGCAGGUUCGGAAGUCCAGACUGUAGGAACCGGCAUCAGAGGAACCAAAGCUCCUCCUGCUGGACAGAGAUGAAGUCUUGGUGAUGCUCUCUCGACCAUCCACUCCGACAGACCCGGCGUCUCCACCUGUGUCACUGACGGACAUGAUGGAGACCCACACAGGAGACUGCUCACCUCGUCCUCCUCCACCCCCUGCACCUCCAUGCUCCUGCUCCUCCCUUCUCACCCGACUCCUGGCGGCUCACCGGCUGGAGGUGCGCCGCCUCCUGCGAGGAGCUUUGGCUUCUAUCGGCCAUCGGCUGGAGGUUCUGGAGAGGAGGACGCGGAGGAGAAGGAGGAGGACCCCAAAUAGAGGAGCCCGGCCAUCAGGGUCACCUGUCUCUGCCUCUAGCUCCACCCUCUUUACCUCAGACACGCCUGCCUCCUUCACCCGGUCGGACUUUUCCUUACUGACGUCGCUCUCUUCAACUGGCAGCGAGGAGACGCCAUCUUCUGCAGAAAGUAACCAACCAGAGCAGAGGAGGAAGAGGAUGAGCGCCAUGGAGAAUGUAAAUGGGGUGAAGAGGAGAAAAGUUCUCCAGCAGGAUGUUCUGCUCUCAAGAGACGGAGAACACAGCUCACCAAAGGAGGAGGAGGAGGAGGAGGAGGAGGAGGAGGCAGGGAGGUGUAUCAGCCAAAUAACAGACUCCUUGGGAACAGGUGCGUUUACAGUGCACAGGUUCAGCGUGAAUCUAGGAGGAGUCAGCCAAUCACAGCCCAGGAUCGUCCUGAAGAGGAACGGCUACAGGUUCUUCUCCCAUGAUGCUUUGCGUGCCGUGCAGUCCCUCCCUAACGGGCGUGCUGGAAACAUGGCUGCUGUCGUUUUACACUCUGGCUGCGCUCCCCACGCCUCCACAUUUCCAGGAGAGGUCAGCUGCACCGCCACCUCUCACCUGCACCGCCCCCCCAUACUCCACCUGUCUGCAGUUGCCAUAGAAACACUGUUGGAUAGGUGGAGGGGCGGAGCUAGCUGGGGUUCUCUGUGGCCUCUUAAGGACUGGACGGCCCCUCCCAGUUUGGGCUCUGAUCAUUGCUACACGCUGGAAACCACAACAAGCAUUGGCGCUCAGCUUCAUCUGAAACGGCGAGCUGGCUGUGACGGCGCUCUAAACUUGCUUCAGCGGGGACAGAAAGCCCUUCCCCCUCCUGUUUGUUCAGCCAAUGGGCUUUUGAGUUCUCGGUCCGUCCAAUCAGCAGGCGGCUCCUUCUUCCUGUCUUCAAAGGCGGAGUUCAGCAAGCGAGUCUCUCAGAUCCGAAUCCGGCGCUCUUCUCCACGAGAGGCGGAGCUUACGCCGAUGGGACUUCCAAAGGUUAAAAGGAUAAAGAAGAAAGAGUUCAGUGUGGAGGAGAUCUACACCAACAAGAACUACAGGCCGCCGCCCACCAACAGUCUUGAGACAAUCUUUGAAGAGCCCCGCGAGAAAAAUGGCGCUCUGCUUCUGAUUGGUCAACAAAAGAGACGCAGACUCCUCCUCUUCCCUGAUGUCACUCAGCCCAGAAAGAGGAAGAAGCCUCCAGGGGCGGGGCUUCUUGUUGCCACGGUGCCCAGAAAACGUGCCGCAGCUCGCCGCCACAUCCACGGCAUGGAUGACGACAGCGACCUGGACGUGAUGCUGGUGGAACGACUGAGUGCGCUCGAAGACUUCCUGACCCGACAAGGCCUGGACGAGUGAUGUCAUGGAGUGUUACUGUGAAACCCCGCCCCCUCAGCUGACGCUGUGCAGUUUAACUCUCUGUUUUACAGAUCAGGAGACCACAGGAAGUCAGCUGAUCAUGGACUUUCUCAGCAGUCCCCCCCCUCCCGUUUAGAGGGGGAGGGGGCAGUGAUUUGUAAUCUAAAGAGAAUAUUUUUGAACUAAUAAAGUUUCUUUGAAUCUGAACCUCAAA